GCCGGCGCCCGUAGGCGGGAGGCGGAGGACCCGCUACAGUUGGCUCUGCUCUACUUCUGCCAGGUUGAAGCUGGCACCCCCUGGAAGGGGAAUGACGUGCUGGAAAAGCACUUUGAAGCAGUCGAGCGCGUGGCCUUCAGCCGUGGGCUUUCCCCAGAGGGCAUCGAAAUACUGCUGGACUUUGCCCUCGGCCUCCGAAUGGGCAGCAAAUGUGGCAUCCGUGUGCUGAAGUGUUUAAUUCCAGCCUCAGUCAUUCCAGAGAGCGCAGUGGUUAAAGGAGUAUCCUGGUUCUGCGUGGGCAAGAUGCCGCCGAACAUGCAGAUCAUGUUCAUUCGCUGGUUUAUCACCAUGUUUGACCUUAUUGAGUCGAAGGAGCGGCUGCAUAGUCUCUAUGGGUUUUUUUUCUGCUUCCUUUCGGAUGAAAACCUGUGUCCUUACAUCUGCCAUUUGCUCUACCUGCUGACCAGAAGGGAGAGCGUUAAACCCUACAGACUCAGAAAACUGAUGAACCUUCAGUCUAAAAUGGGCGAGCAGCCAUUCCUGAUGGUUUUGCUUUCUUUGUACAAAGUUUUCUGUCCAGAAAUGGUCUCUCUGACGAUUCCAGCAAGAAUUAAGAAUGGCUUUAAGAACUAUGACUCCACAUGGAAGAAUGCACUGAGUGCAGUGCAGAAAAGGAACAAAGCAGAAAUAGUCAUGGAGCUGCAAGCAGCUGUCAGUGUGAGACCACAGUCAGCCUCUAGGAAAAGGAAGCGGAACUGCCACCUCUCCGUGCCCCCGCUCGGCAGCUGUGCGCCUCCACCCGGCGCGAGAGAGGACGGCGUGCUGGGCAGCAGGGUAUUCCCACUGGAGCAGCUCCGCACUUUCCCACAGCUGCUGCAGAACAUCCACCUCCUGGAGCUUCCAGCACAGAUGGGCUCAGUACUGAACUCUCCAUUGGUUCUCCAUUAUAUUAACUGUAUAACGGAUGACUCUGUGUUUCUAAGGCUGGAUUACUGGCUGGGCCAUGCACUUCACGAAGAAUUUCUGUUUUGUAAGGAUACUUCCUAUGAGAAUAACUCGGAGGCUAUUGAAUUCUUCAGUUCGCUCAUCACAGCACAGCAGUUUCUUCAGGAGGGUUUCUUGAGUACUGAGGUCUUCACCUUGAAAUUCUUGCGUGUUUGGGAUGGUUCCCUUUUCCGGUCCCAGAUCCUCAGCUUGCUGAGCUACAUCCCUGUGAUUCCAUGUUCAGAUGUGAAGCAGCUACUUUUUGAGCCUUUAAUUCAGCUUUUCUUCAGCUGCUCUCUGUAUUUUAAGUGCAGCGUUAUUGAGUGCUUGAACAGCAUGCUGGUGAAGUGGCUGACCUGGCAUGCAGUCUUCGCAUCAGAGGAUCAGUUCGACAUGAGUAUCUCUGGUCACUCCCCAACGAAUAUGAGCCUUUCUGGAAUAAUGAGCUCGGUGGUGGAACUGGUUGAGUUUGUCGGUCGCAUCUCCACCAUAGCACUGCACAUGGAAGGAUACAACACCCUGCUUCUGCAUUUCGUACUCAACUUCUAUGAGACGGUGUGUGACAUGUAUGUGAAGUAUGACUUCCCUCUGGCAAUCAUGCCUCCUGCUGGCGUCUUCUAUCCUGCCCUUCUCAGCAAGGACCCUGUGAGUGUCAACCAGCUCUGCCACAUCAUGUUCAGAUACAGAGUAAAUCUGCUUUCUGCAAAGGAUCCGGAAAAGCAGGGAAAGAAGACCUUUCUCGUCAACAGCAAGACGUACAGAAAGUACAACCAGUAUGUAGUGGCAAUGGUGUGGUGCCUGUGGAGCUCCAAGGCCUUCAUGGCAGGGAUGGAGAUUGAGAUAAACCCGGACUUGCUGGCUCAGGCCGGCGUGGCCGAGUACAGGUCCACCUUCAACAUCGUCCACCAUCCGGCGCUGACCGGCUACGCCAUCGACUUCUUUCACAAGUGUUGGCCGGAAAGUAAGCAGCUGAACCUUAGUGCCAUUAAGGGAAGACACUGGGAUUGGUACUUGGAGUAUCUCUUCACCCAGGGCUUCGAUGGGCUCAGAGAGUUUAUAGAGAGUAGCAUCAGGCGUUUGUCUGGGCCUGCAGGCCUGAACUCCAGCCGGGCUAAGUGAUCCGGGGAUUCUGCUGCUCUGCCUGGGCUGUGGAGGACUGGGAGCCUUUAUCACUCAAACGCCCUGCUGAUUGGAGUUCCCAAACUUUCCUCUUUGGAGGCUGUCGGGUGGUUCUGUUGCAUUCUUCUGGUCUCCGUUGGGAUAAAUUUUGUACAUUUUCUCGAGGGCCAAGGAAGCGAGCCACAUGUGGGAUUACAUGACAUGCCAGCUUGUAAAAUAUUGGACAGCGUGGCUGCAGAGAUGGCAGACUCUGACUCACUGUGUCUUCAAAAUCUGGAAUUGGGUAUUCUUCUGACACUGCAGUGGCUGCGAAUCCACAGCAGCCUUUACCAGCUCAUGGAUGUGACAGCUACCAAAUGAAGAGCUCACUUUCAAACUCUGGCGCUUAAAGUAAUUGUGCAAUAGCUUUUGCAAGUAUACCCAGCUAACAGUAGCUUCACUAAUGAGCUAGCUGAAUUAAAUACUUUUAAAACGUAGGGUUCAUUUUGACAUUGAACUUGGGCUUUGGUUUCUCUAAAGGUAUUUUGUUUGCUAACUGGGGCUAUUUCUGUGAAAUGUUAGCCAAAGAAAUCGAUAGUCAUGUCUGCUCUUACUCCUGGCUUAGUGUGUGUAGACUUCUCCAUUUUAAAAUGAUGUGCGUCAUUGUAGAGAUUAUUUUUUAUUUCUCUGGACUCUUUGUAUUUUUUUUUAGUGAUAAAAAAUCAAGGCCAAGUUCUGAAUCUGUUGGUAACGAAGAUAAUGUGUGCCGAUAGGUUUUCAUUAUAUAUGCCCUGAAGCCGGUAAAUUGUAAAGUCCUGGGCUUUAGCCUGCAUUGUAUAUUUGCCUCUAAUUAUUCUAAGGAGUAAAUUAUGCACAACCUUUGUUGUGCAAGGUGAGAGAGAAAUUCAGUUGAAUGUGCAGCUCUGGUGGUGUUUUAGGCAAGCUUGCAUGUACUGUUAGCUGUCUAACACGUUUCCAGUUGGUCUUGGUGUUUUGGUUAUUGAAUAAUUAGCUUUCCUGCAGUGCUGGCAAUCUGGGGUUAAACCACCAUGCCAGACGCCUUCCUCUUCAGUGUUACUUUUAUAUUCUAUAGACCUGUUAAACAAUUGUGCUUGUUAUUAGUGUCCUUACUAUUGUUCAAAGGGCAACAUAUUCAUUGCCCUUAAGUCUACUGAGCAUUGUUUAUUUAUAAUUACCACUCCAGUUCCUUAUUAGUGUUAAUAUCCUAUGCCAUCGGCUUUACUCUGAUGCUUACUUUUAACACUUCAGAAAUAUUAAAAUGCCAAAAGUUGCCUCUAACAAGAAUUGUCUACUUGUCCCAAACUCCCAAUAUAAUACACACAUCGUAAACAGAGUUCACAACCACAAACUUCUGAACUGUAAAUAGCUGCUUUGGACAACUCCAGUGUUACAUUUGCUUAAAACAAUUUUUCCCCAUUUAUAACAGGUUUUCUGCAUAAAUGUUAAACCUUUGACCAAAAUUAAAUUUUGGGCGUUUUGUAAAUUAAGGGUUCGAAAAAUUAGCAGAUCUUGAGUUGUUUACUUCUGUCACAAGGGAGUAAAUGCUGUAUGUAUUCUCUGGUUUAGGUCUCGUCACAAGUCUGUCUUAUAGCUAGUAAUACAGUGCUUACAAUUAGGAAGUCAACACUUGUUUUUAUGGUUUAUCUGUUCUCCCAGGGAGCAUCAACCUUCUCUGUAGUUUUUUCUUGUGUUUUGUAUAUAGCUAAAUACCCUUGUUCUUAAAGCUAAUUGUAAAAUCUAAGUGUAAAACUGUAUUCUGUCUGUAAAGUCUGUUUUAUUUGUUCAUCCUUGGCACCUUUUUAAUUAAAAAAACUUUAUUUUUGCCCCUUGA